AUGAACUCUCAUUGGGGUUUAUUUGGCUUGGCAUUACGAAUAUCAUUAUAUAACAGACCUAAUGGAUUGUUGAAAAGUUUUUCAUAUUUUAACAGAAAACCAACUCGGAAAGUUUUUCCAGUAUGUUUAAUAAAUUUGCAGAAACAUACUGGACGUCGUCAUGCUGGGCAAGAUUCUUAUUCUUCAGAUGAUGACUCGUUUGAUGAUGAUGAUGAUGGUGAUAAUAAUAAUGAUGUUGAUGAAUCAGAAGAUCCAUAUUAUUCAGAAGAUGUAGCGUUCAAUCCAAAUUUUCGACAAAUAUCAUCAUCUGUCAAAUCUUUGCGUUUCGAUAAAAUUAUUCGUGUGGGUCUAGACAUCACUAGAAGUGCUGUUGACAGUGCUUUUUUUUCUAACCGAUUUUAUAUAGGUGAUAAACUUGAUAUAGUAAUUGAUGAUACAGAAUUGUAUUAUGUCAAGGCAUUUUUGGUUGGUCGACCACCUCUGGCUUUAUUUUCAUUAUUUCUUCUAUUAUGCGCAAUUGGAUUGAUUGUAUUAGACAUACAAGUGAAUAAAUCCCCUCCUAAUGAUCCUGACGUUGAAAAACACUGGAAUAAACUAUUAUUGGAGUUGUCAGGAUUGGAAUUUUGUUUUUCUAAUUCAUCUAAUGCAAGAUUAUUGGCUGACUCGUAUGCAGGUGCACAUGUCCUACAUGGAUUAGAUGAUACUGAAUCUGACAAUGUAGUUAUAUCACAUGCAAUUGAUCUACCCUUAUUAAUGUAUCCUAAUCAAGAGUUUGUUUAUAAUAUGUCAUAUUUACUAAUUGCUAAAAUGCAUGGACGUCAUAUCGGUAUUAAAGGUCCAUUAGCACUCCAAAAAUUGAAUAUAUCUUUUCUGGUACCAUCAGUUCAACAUGCCAGUCAUAAAGAGAAGGAAAUGAGCUUUCCACCUGUACGUUUAAAAGCAUGUGUGACUUUCACUGCUACACCAGCUAUUUUUCCGCCAAUACUGUUACCUCCGACUUGUGAACCAAGCUUAAUGGGUGGUAUUUCCUCACGCAUUAGUCCUCUUGAAUGGUCCAAACGGACUGAUGUCUUUGAUUCAAACCGUUGCUAUGGUCGAACCCGGAUACAGACUGAAUUCCAUGUGUCUCCUCAUCUUUUACCACGUUUGGGAAAGAAAUACCUACAAUUAAUUAGACAAAUCAAUGCAUAAAAUUAAACUAUUCACACACCAUCUCAUUGACAAUAAUUCAUUUUCACUGAAUAACAGUACA